UUGCCGAUCCUAUCCAAAUAAUUGAAGGCUUUGCAUGGACGAAAGAGUGGAGAAGAGCGCGUCUUUUCUCCUUCUUUUUUCCAUUCGUUUCCUUCUAAUUUCGGUGGGUUUGGACGCUACAUAAAUUAGGGUUCUUGUUCUCGUCGACGAGGUCUGAAAAUCCAGGAUAUCGAGGUUUUGGCUGCGGAAUUUGGCCGGAUGUGGGGGGAGAGAGGGCGGUUCUACUGGGGAAGGUCGGAGCGAGAAGCGCGGAGGGAAGCAAAGGGAAUCGCCGUGCUCUUCUCGUGGCUCUCGAGCCAGGAGAGCGAUCUGAAGCCUUUCGUCGAUCUCUACUGUUCUCUGGGGUGGAGUCCCCUUGUCUGUCACGUCGACUUCCUCACGCUGUAUUUCCCUGACAAGGUCACUUCACUAGCCCAUGGUGUACUCGACGAGCUUGUGAAGGUUAUAAAGAUCAAGCGGUUACCUAUUGUCCUUGUGAGCUUUUCUUUGGGAUCAAAAGGUUGCAUGGACAGAAUUCUUCAGGUUCUCGAGGGAAAGUGUCAAGGAGGGCAUAUACUGGAUGAAUAUCAGCUUAUUAGAGAGGGCAUUUGUGGUCAAAUACAUGAUUCUGGUCCAAUAGACUUCACCAAUGAUUCAGUUGCUCGAUUCAUCCAUCAUCCAAGUGCUCAAAGAUUGUUUCGACCAACAAGAAUAACCUCAUGGGUAGCAAGAGCCAUGACGUCUGGUCUUGGUACUAUUUUCACAGGUAGAUUUGAUGCAGAGUGUGCUGAGUAUUGGAAGAUCUUGUACUCAUCAGUGAGUAUGGGUCCUUUCCUCAUAUUUUGCUCUGAGGAUGAUGAAUUUGCCUCAUGCCAAACUAUCUUCGACUUUGCUCAACGUCUGAAGGAGCUUGGUGGUGACGUCAAACUUGUAAAAUGGAGCAAUUCUCCUCAUAUAGGGCAUUAUAUGCAUCAUCGAAACGAAUAUCACCGUAAUGUCAUUGAGUUGCUGGACAAGGCAGCUGCAACCUUUUCCCAGAGAUGUAACUACAAUGGAGCAACUGCAGAUCUUGGAAAUGCCUGCAACAGUAUUCUAGAGUCCAUUUGUAGUCUGCGUGAAGCGACGAUCACUUCGAAUGAAAGCCUGAGAAGAGCUGUCAUUGAACCCAAUGAUCACUUUGCCUUGCCAAGCCCAAACGACAACUUCGAAACAAAGAAUAGAAGCUCUUCAAGCGAUGACAAGUCAUUCACUCUACCGAGUAUCAAUCCACAAGGCGUUCUAAGUCAAAUUUUGUUUGAUGUAUGCGUGCCGGAGAAUGUAGAGGGUUGGGAUAUAAAGCCAAGCACUUCCUUCAAAGGGAAGCAAUGUUUCAGCUUUGGCCACCGCAGGCAUCCCAUGAAUCCGAUGAGGUUCAUGCGACGCUCAAGAUUGUGAAAGUUCUCGGAGUAUCUGUAAAUAUACUUUGAUGUAUAUGAAAUAUGAAUACAACCACCAGUAUAAUUGCCUAGAUUUUAGGUUGAGAUACGGUACAUGGCACCUGUAUUAUGCAAAUCUUUUUCUUUAUAUAUUUUUUUGUUCUUGAAAAAUAAAAUGUAUGUCAGUGUAAUUGUAAUCAGUAAAUGUUAAAUUUGUGUACAUAACAGAAGUUUAUGAUUUA